CUCCCACAAGGCCAUUGAAAAAUGUCAUUUCUCUAGCAAAUGAACACUUUAAGUAUUUUUUUUCCGUAGAGGACUCUUAUACUAACUCGAAAUUUUCCUUCUUUUCUAGUCACAACCCGUUGAGUUGAGUGAUGACUCUGAGGACUCCGACAUGGGUGGCCGUGGGGACGGAAAUGACAAGACUGGCAAGGCAAAUAAAGUGCAUGACUCCGACUCGGACGAUGCGCCCUCCACCGACUCUAAUGAAUCUCAUAAUGUGGCACGUGAGUCUCCCGACCGCGUCGACAUGGAGUCUCAAGAAGUUGACAUCCCUACUGAUCAUACGACGGGUCAAGACACCAGUUCCCUUGACAUCCACUUCCAACCUAGUCAGCUGGCCAACGUGGCAUCACCAUCUGCUUCCCUCACUCUGGCAAAGGCAAACACCAUCCAAGCCCCUCCCAGAAAACUUGGAUUUGGAAGCUUCGUGACUACGCACCUCAUGCCCCCUGAUGAACAUACCACAAAUGGAGUCCCCACGUCCACUUUGUUCACUUCGAACCAUGAUGCUUUCUCUUCGAGCUCGACCCCCCUGGUGUCCACCCCUGUCAUUGGAAUUGAGGACUUUAAUGAAGACUUGGAGGAGACAUUCAAUGUUGAGGACCAAGCACGAGUUUUACAAGAAAGAAUGUCUGAAGACGAGCACACGGUGAAGGAGGCUGCUGAGAAAGAGGCGCCUAUCAUCCCUCCCACUAGCCACACGCACACGUCUUCCUCUGACCAUGCGAGUAGCCCUGUCGACUUGGGCAUGGCCACUCUUGAUGAGAACCUUGAGUACCUUAAGGACUUGGAGACUCAAUUCCUUGUGAGCACCUCGUCCACUAUCAGCAACCCUCCCACAUCAUCCAUCAAGAGUGCAUUGACCGCUGUUGGAGAGUUCCUUGCCCUUUUGCCAGACGGGGUCAUGGGAGACUUGGAUGCUUACUGGCCUCAUGAGGCUUUAAACCUUCUUGCUACACUCGAGCUCUAUCCUCCGGUUCAAGGAGUAGACAUGGAACAAGUGCUAGUGAUGCGGAGUGCUGCCUCAGAUAUCAAGUCUUGGCUCGAUACUAUUGAACAAGCUCGUGCUAUCCAUGAGAAAUUGGCUCAUGAAGAGGAGGCUAAAGCCACCACUCACUCUUCUCUUCAAAAAGAGUUGGCCAAAGGAAAACAAACAUCAAGUGAAGUAGCUACGUUCCAAGCUAAGGAGGCUACCCGCAAGGCCAGGAUUGCUGAGCUUAAGGUAGAGCUUGAACGUCUUGAAGAGGAAGAGGCUCAAGAACGAGCUCAAAAAGAGUCCCUAGCACGAAAUCUUAAUGAAACAACGGCCACCAUUCGUGCUCUUCGCCAAAAAAUAGGAUCCCUCAUGGCUGUAAACGAGAUUGCUCUUCAACGAGCCAAAGCGAACUUCAUGGAUCGUGAAAGCAAGACCAAGCUCAACAAGUUGAAGGCUAGCUUUGAAGAAAUUCUCAAGUCACUCAAUGCUUAAUUGUCUUUGUUUUAUUUCCUUAACAGUUGGCUUGGCCAUUGUUUGGCUUUUGAUUUGUCGGUUUUUUUUUUCUUUCGGAUUUUGUAACUCGUUUUACAUAUGACUUUUAAUAUUUUCGUGGCCCCUUUGUUUAUCACCAUGAUGUCGUGUUCUCUUAAAGCUGGAUGGCCACUUGAUCCGAACCGGGUGGUAGCCCGUCAUUUUUUCCCACAAAGCCCCGUGGCUCACUUAGUCAAGCCUGGCUUCACAUAGAAAGCCACCAAAGCACUCAUGCUCAUGGCUUGAAGUUUAAUCGAUAACUCCCAUGUCCUUCACAUACAAUCUUGUGGUGGUUGAAAUCAAACUUAGAUUUUUCU